AUGCUGCAGGGCCAGCUGUUACUUGAAAACCGACAGAAAAUACAGAUACCUAAUGAUAUGAAGCACCGCCAUCUCCAGCUACUCUUCAGUUUACAUUCGCAGAAAUCAACAGCAUCACCAUGGUUAAGUUAUCCACAGCAGUUGCAACAAGUAGUCCAUGAUAUCCAAAAAUCCACCGCGGAAUGGCUGUUCUCCCAGGUCCUCGUCGAUCGCCAUAGUCUGGAGCGCUACCUUUAUUCGUUUCGACAAAUGUUUUUACUUGGUCAUGGUGACCUGGCGGUCAAUUUGAUUGAAGAAUGCAGCCACUGGAGACGCCGAUCGAUUCUUCGCUCAGGGGACAAACGAUCAUCGUCUGGACAGAGCAGCGACCGUGAAUCCACACGAUCGUCGUCGCAUAAAAGCGCCAGCACCAUUUUCAGACAUCAGGAACUGAAUGCCUUGCUGGUCAAAGCAUCGGUUGGCACGGAUGCAGAAGAUACCCUUCACGGCUAUUCGUUGCGUAUUUUGGAUGACAGUCAGGAAACCGGAUUCGCUGACCUGUUACUCAUGGAUGCGCAAUGUUGGCUUACCUAUGAAAUGCGAUGGCCUAUCGAUCUGUUUUUGAGUGAAGCCGAUUUGGCGCGAUAUGGCGAGCUGUGGUGUUUUCUUAUUGGGUUACGGAGCGUUCAAAUGUCUCUCAGUGGAUUAUGGCAAUAUUUGCGUGGUGGCAAGGAAAGCGAUCGAUCUGAACAGUGGAUACACAAGGGUAAUCAUGGGAAUGAUGAAGAAGGAUUCGAAGAGCGGCUCAUUUGGCGGUUACGAUCACGUAUGAUCUUCUGGGUCGAUGCUCUGUGGAGCCACAUGCAGGCCAAUGUCAUUAAUACACAUUACGAGAACCUGAUCGACAUGGUGAGCCCCUGUUCGGAGCAGAGCAAGAAGCGGAGAUCAGUGUCCAAGCCGGCGACGCUUGACUUUGAAGAGAUACAAGUGGCACAUGACGAUUACCUUGGCAACAUUACGCGUGGUUGCUUAUUAACGUCUUCACGGUGUUCCGAAGCCAUGAAUCAUACGCUUCGUACUUGCGUGGACUUUUGUGAAUUAGUGAAACAGUUGUCGGAAGAUGAAGAAUGGUUAUUCCGCAAACGACGAAAAACCACCAAGACGGCGAGCGAGAUCGUGCGUCAGUGGACCCAGCCGUCGACGCUUGCGCAGAAUCCCUGGAUUCAUCGCAUCUGUGAAUUGGAAGAAAUAUUCAACAGUUCGACUGAAUUAUUUUUCGAGUUGAUAACGCAUCAAUCUCAGGAAGUGAAAUCCAGCGGCAAUUUGGAUUUGCUACUAAUGCAGCUUGACUAUAAUAACUGGUAUUCCAAGUAA